UCCUUCCCCCAAACGGAUGGGAGGAGAUCAGCGGCGUGGAUGAGAAGUACAAGCCGAUUCGGACCUACCAGGUGUGUAACGUGAUGGAGCCCACGCAGCAGAACAACUGGCUGCAGACGGGCUGGGUGGCGCGCCGCGGCGGACAGCGCAUCUUCGUGGAGCUGCAGUUCACGCUGCGCGACUGCAACAGCAUCCCCGGCGUGGCCGGAACCUGCAAGGAGACGUUCAACCUGCUGUACGUGGAGUCGGACCGGGACCUGGGCGCCGUGACCCGGGAGGACCGCUACUCCAAGAUAGACACCAUCGCCGCCGACGAGAGUUUCACGCAGGGAGACCUGGGGGAGAGGAAGAUGAAGCUCAACACGGAGGUGCGGGAGAUCGGACACCUCAACCGGAAGGGCUUCCACCUGGCCUUCCAGGACGUGGGCGCGUGCGUCGCCCUGGUGGCCGUCCGCGUGUACUACAAGCGCUGCCUGGCCACCGUGCAGAAUCUGGCCGUGUUCCCCGACACGGUGGCCGAGGCCGCCUUCGCCACGCUGGUGGAGGUCCGCGGCGGCUGCGUCAACAACUCGGAGGUGGACAGCGACAGCCCUCCCAGGAUGCAUUGCAGCGCCGAGGGGGAGUGGCUGGUGCCCAUCGGGAAGUGCAGCUGCAGCGCCGGAUAUGAGGAGGGCCACAGCAGCUGCGAAGCGUGUCCGCCUGGAUCCUACAAGAUGUCGUCACGGCAACAGGAGUGUUUUCCGUGUCCGGCCAACAGCGUGGCGGACGAGGAAGGAUCGGUGGUGUGUGUGUGUGAAGAAGAUCACUUCAGGACUCCUCUGGACAGCCCCUCCACCCCCUGCACAAGGCCGCCCUCCCCGCCCAGGAGCCUGCGCUUCUCCCUGCGGGGAUCCUCCCUGGUGCUGGACUGGGCGCCGCCCUCGGACUCCGGGGGCCGCGUGGACCUGACCUACAGCGUGGGCUGCCGGCGCUGCGGCGCGGCCCGCUGCGAGCCCUGCGGCCCCGGCGUGGGCUUCGUGCCGCAGCAGGUGGGGCUGACGGAGCGCUCGGUGACGGUGGUCAACCUGCUGCCCAACACCAACUACACCUUCAGCGUGGAGGCGCUGAACGGCGUGUCGGACCUGCUGCCCAGCAAGAGCUUCUACACACAGGUCAACGUGUCUACCAGCCUGCCCCCUCCGUCUCUGAUCAGCGAGCUGCGAGCGGAGAAGAUCGAAGAGAAGAGCGUCACGCUGGUGUGGAGGGAACCGCCGAACCCAAACAGCAGCCGCACCGAGUAUGAGGUCAAGUACUACGAGAAGGACCAGAAGGACCAGAGUUAUUCCACGGUGAAGACGGCCGCCACUCGGAUCAUCGUCAACAACCUGAAACCUGGAACCACCUACGUCUUCCUCAUCCGUCCCUUCUUGACUCCGACUCCGUCCUCGUCCUUGUCUUCUUCUGCUCUCUCAUCCACCUCUUCUACUUCUGCUUCCUCGCCCUCCUCUUCCUCUUCCACUCCUCCUCCCAUCGACUACGGAGCAUUCAGCGCGCCGCUGGAGCUGCAGACUCUGGGCGAGUUAGCCCUGGCGUCCAGCGAACAGAACCCGGUGGUGAUCAUCGUCAUCGUGUCGGUGGCUGCGCUCAUCAUGCUGCUGUCCAUGGGGGCGGGGCUUCUCAUCUGGAGGAGACAGUGCGGCUACAGCAAAGCCUCCCAGGAGGGAGACGAGGAGCUCUACUUCCAGUUUAAGAUCCCGACUCGGAGGACCUACAUCGACCCGGAGACGUGUGAAGACCUGCUGCAGGCCGUCCACGCCUUCGCCAAGGAGCUGGACAACCAGAGCAUCAAGAUAGAGAGGAUCGUCCACACAGGUGACUUUGGGGAGGUGUGCCGCGGCUGCCUGAAGCUGCCCAGUAAGCGCGAGCUGCCGGUCGCCAUCCGGACGCUGCGGGCCGGCUGCUCCGACAAGCAGCGCCGCUCCUUCCUGAGCGAGGCCGGCAUCCUGGGCCAGUUCGACCACGCCAACAUCAUCCGGCUGGAGGGCGUCAUCACCACCGGAAACACGAUGAUGAUUGUGCAGGAGAGCAUGACCAACGGAGCCUUGGACUCCUUCCUCCGGAAACACGAAGGCCAGCUGAGCGUCAUGCAGCUGAUGGACAUGCUGACCGGAGUGGCUUCAGGGAUGAAAUAUCUCACUGAGAUGGGAUUCGUCCACAAACGGCUGGCAGCGCACAAGGUUCUGGUGAACUCCAACCUGACCUGCAAGGUGUCGGGCUUCAGGCCACUUCAGGAGGAAAAGAUCGACUCCAUCUACACCACGCUGCAUGGAGGGAAGAGCGUGGUUCUGUGGACCGCCCCGGAGGCCAUCCAGUACCGCCGCUUCUCCUCAGCCUCCGACGUCUGGAGCUUCGGCAUCGUCAUGUGGGAGGUCAUGUCCUACGGAGAGAGGCCCUACUGGGACAUGGGCACCCAGGAUGUCAUAAAGGCCAUUGAGGACGGCUUCAGGCUGCCGGCUCCGGUCAACUGCCCCCCCCACCUGCACCAGCUGAUGCUGGACUGCUGGCAGAAGGAGCGGGCGGAGCGGCCCGGCUUCAGCCAGAUCCACUCGGCGCUCAGUAAGAGCGUCCGCUCUCCGGACGGGAUCGGCUCGUCCACGCUGGCGCGCAGGACGCUGAGCUCGUCCAUCUCCCUGGCCGAGCGGCCGCUGCCCUCCUUCCCGUCCUGCAGCUCGGUGGGAGAGUGGCUGGACGCCGUGGACAUGGGCCGCUACAAGGACAACUUCACCGCCGCAGGAUACUGCUACCUGGAGUCUGUGGCUCGCAUGACCGUACAAGACGUGCUGAGCCUGGGCGUCACUUCCCUAGACCACCAGAAGCUGAUCCUGGCCGCCAUCCAGACGCUGCGGGCCCAGGUGAUCCAGAUGCACGGCCGGGGGGUCCAGGUCUGACCGGGGGGUCCAGGUCUGACCGGGGGAUCCAGGUCUGACCACCAGGGGGUCCAGGUCUGACCGGGGGGUCCAGGUCUGACCGGGGGGUCCAGGUCUGACCACCAGGGGGUCCAGGUCUGACCGGGGGAUACAGGACUCACCUGGCUGCUGCUGCGCCUCACAGGUGUGCAGGAGGAGCGGGGAGCGUCCACCCCGGCCAGCAGACGCUUGACUCCUCUUCCAUUCCUUCAACCCUUCUUCCUGUUUUCAAGAGGAGAUGAGCGGCGCGACCCGAGAACCCAGAGGAGUGAUGUCAUAUGACCUUUGUGACCUCUGCGCUCCCUCCGGCCAGUCAGAGCCCCGGAAGGACAGGUUUGGUGGAAUGUCCCUUUAAGACAAACCUUGGUAGACGGACUCUUAUUUCCACGUUGAUCCGACCGACCAACCGGAGCGGGCCUUGAGGGCGGGGCUUCAGUGGUGGCCCAAUCAGAAACAGACGCUGUAAAAGGUUCAAACUGUCGGUUUUUCUUCUCCUUGGUGCUUUUUCCUGGUUUUCUUUGUGCUGGACGUCAUUCAGUAACAGUCCUCAUGUUUCUGUGUUUACAGGUUCAGCUCAAAAAACUGGAAUAUCAGGAAAAAAAUCAUUUUUUUCUGUCAGAUUUCUGAAACUUCUUGUAAUUCUGAUGAUUAAAAUUCAGAGAAGGAAAAGCCACAGUUGGAUCUGGACAUUGAGAAGUGGUGAUGUGGCAGCAACACGCUGAAGGAGCUGGGUGUUCAGAGUUCUGUAUCCACACAUAUUAAUGGAAGAUUGAGUGGAAGGAAAAAGUGUGGUAGGAAAAGAUGCUGCAGCAGCAGAGAGAAUGUGAAGGAGCUUCAGCAGGAACUGAGAAAAAAGACAAAAAUGUUUCCCAGAAUCCUGAAAAUAUCAUUUUAUUGAUCUGAUGCAAUAUUCAGAUUUUCUGUGACAAAUUUUUGGAUUUGUCUCCUAUUUAUUUCUUUUUAUUUGAUUUUCCUGUUAUGAUUUCUGAGUUGUAGUUUUUUUGGUGUCUAUUUAUUUAUUUAUUACGAAAUUUCCUGAGACAAUGCAUUUUGGGAUUAAAGUUGUUCAUGAAUUUUUUAAAAUAAUUUUUUAUUCAGGUUUUCUGAGACCUUUUGGGAUUUCAGGCUUUUAUUUUAUUUAUUUUUUAUGUGAAACAGAUUUUUGAUUUUCAUUCUGUGAGCCAAAAUCAUCAGAACUACGAGAAACAAAGGAUUCAAAUAUUUCACUUUGUGUGUGAAAUAUGAUUGAUUGAUUGAUUGAUUGAUUGUAAUGUGGUCCUGCUUGCUGAGAGGAGGGACAGAAAUGUUUUUCAGUUUUUGGUGUUCUCCAUAUUUAUUCUCUCCAGAGGAAGGUUUGAUUUGUCCGGUUCUGUUGGGUUUGGACUCAGAACCGGCAGAGGGAGGUUUGAACUGUCGGUACACAGUAUCUGUGUGUUCCUGAACUUUAACUGGACUCGCUGGUUCUGUGGCAGCAUGUGAUUCCUGCUGUAAACAUGAUGAUGUUGCUCUUCCUCCUCCUCUUCCUCUGCGCGGGGAGCUCGCGGUCCGGUCGUUUGGGUUUCUUCUUCUUGACCCGCUCUCUGCUCCCAGCCCAGCUCCACGUAUCCAGUUUUGAUGUUUAAUACUGUAAAUAUGUAUCUGAAAUGCCAAAUCUAUUUUUAUAGUUUGUUUGAAUAACGUGUUGAUCUAAUAUCUGCUCACCGUGGAAAAGUUUUACUGGCUACAUUUGGAAUAUAAAACAGAUUGAUAAACAUUUUUCUGAUGAUUUUUACCUGACUGAAGGAAAUCUCAUGGCUGUUGCAAUAUUUAAACGUGUUAUUAAAAAAGU